AUGGGACUAUGGUCUGAGUUUUUUCCGGCUAGUAUUUUCACCACCACCAUCCACCACCCACCACCAUCCAUUACCACAACCACCGUCCACCACCCACCACCACCACCCACCACCACCACUACCCUCUACCAACAUCGUCCACCACCAACCCCCAUUGUCUACGUCCACCACCUACCACCACCGUCCACCACCACCCACCAUCCAUGUCCACCACCACCGUCCUUAUACCACCAUCAGUUUAUUUUAAAAUUUUUGCCUGCUAGUAUUUUCACCACCACCGUCCACCACCCACCACCAUCCAUCACCAUAACCACCGUCCACUACCCACCACGACCAUCGUCCACCACCAACCCCCAUCAUCCACGUCCACCACCUACCACCACCCAACAUCCACGUCCACCACCACCACCAACCACCAUGAGGUUUGGUCCACCCCUUCUUCUAAAGUUGUCUGCAGAUGUGGUCCAUAAAAUACUACUGAACAUUGAUGGGAAAACAUUAUGCUCUCGUCGUGGAGUUUUGUCUGGUCAACAGCAGGGACCGAAGGUUAUUAAUGUCAUCGAUGAGCUUACAAAAAUCACUGUUCCAGUUGAUCCGGCUGAAGAUGUCCCAGACAUGUUUCAACAUAGCAAUAUUGAUGAUGAGGGUUUCUGGGACGUCGGUAAAAAGGAUAAUACAAUCUCUUAUGCUGAAAAACUUCUCUCUACUCGUAAUAAAAGGGAUGUCAAUUUCAGAGUUAUGGAACCAGUUGAGACUAGAGAAGAUGCUGACGUUGUUAUACCAAAAGAGGUUGUUUAA